CCAAGAGGUUCUCCAAGGGGACGUUCUCAGUCUCCGGCUGGUGCUCGCGAUCGGGGCCGUUCUCGCUCUCGCUCGCCAACCGAAAGUAAAUCGCGGUCUCGGUCUCGUUCUCGGGGAAGAAGCUUUGAGCCGUGGCACUAUUCGCCGCAGUGCUGUGGCUUUCCUCCCCUCAAGCCGGUUCCACCGCGGAAGUACAAGAUGAAGCGCAGAGUUUCUCAGCAUGGGAUACCUCUCGGGAGUAGAGCACCAACGCGCCUCACGGUUUUUGUCUUAGGUGGCCCGGGAUGCGGGAAGGGGACACAGUGUGAGGAGCUUGUUAAAAACUACGGAUUUGUUCAUCUCUCCGCUGGCGAGCUUUUGAGGGAUGAAAUAAAAAACAAGACACAGAUUGGAAUCAGCUGCGAAGAACUUAUGGCAGAAGGGAAGCUUGUGCCAUCCGAGAUUCCACUUAAUCUCUUAAAAGCGGCCAUGGAGAAAUCCGAACGCAAGCAUUUUCUUAUCGAUGGAUUUCCACGAUCUGUGGAUCAGGCGCAGCUCUUCGAGAAAAAGAUUGGAAAGCCAAAUCUGGUGAUAUAUCUUGAAUGUCCAUUCAAAGUCAUGCAAGAGCGGCUCUUGAAGCGUGGUGAAACAAGCGGACGCAGCGACGACAACAUGGAGACCAUCAAGAAAAGGUUUGAAACUUACCGCAAGGAAUCGUUUCCGGUUGUCAGGUUCUAUGAGAAGGUUCCAAAUCUUUUGAAGACGGUCUCUUCCGCCAUGUCCCCGACCGAAGUCUUUGAGUACAUUGCGCAACUUCUCAAGGAUCAGUAUGGUCUUGUUGCAAAGUUCGCGCCUGUUCUUACAGGAUUCGACCACAGACAACACAACUGUAAGAGACGCACCAUUAUUUUCGUUCUAGGUGGCCCUGGCUGUGGCAAAGGAACUCAGUGCGAGCGAAUGGUCAGAGACUUUGGCUACUCGCACUUAUCGACAGGAGAUUUGUUACGGGCAGAGGUGGCGUCGGGCUCCGAGCUUGGCAAGCAAUGCGACACUUUGAUGAAGGAAGGAAAGCUAGUGCCUCUGGACGUGACCAUCAAUCUGCUCAAGCAAGCAAUGGGGAAAGCCAAGUGCAAGAGGUUUCUCAUUGAUGGUUUUCCCCGUGCUGUGGAUCAGGCCCAUGAGUUUGAAGCCAAGGUUGGCAAGCCAGACGUGGUUUUGUGCUUGGACUGCUCACUCGAGCUUAUGGAGAAGCGGCUUUUGCAACGUGGAAAAGCCUCUGGCCGGGCAGACGACAACAUUGAGACGAUCAAGAAGCGCUUUGAGACGUUCCUGGCCGAAUCGAAGCCCGUGAUUGACUACUACAGGAAAUCGUUGCCAAAGGCUGUGAAAACGAUCCCAACGGAUAAAAUGCCAGAUGAAGUCUAUGCUGACGUGAAAGCCGCUCUUAAGGCUACUGCUGAAAAGCCAGUCCCUCCCAAGGUCCCAGCCAAAGCAGACUUUCGAUAGAUAGAUAGAAAUUUGUAAAUCUCCCAAUUUUGAUGGUUUUCUUAGG